GACAACAGUUAGUACUUGUUCAUUGCUAGUAUGAAGGUAUUCGUUUUAAUCGCAGUUUUCGUGGCUUGCGCCAACGCAUCGGUUUUCCAAAAAUCCGUGAUCGGUUUCCCCGGUGAUCAUGUGCCCGGUUUCCCCACUGGUCGUGUAAUUAAGGGUCAGGAUGCCGAGCCGCACUCUGCACCAUACAUCGUCUCGUUGAGCAGUAAGGCAGAGAGUCACUCACACAAAUGCGGUGGCACCAUCAUCUCGAAGGAAUGGGUUUUAACUGCUGGCCAUUGUAUUUCGACUGCUGUCGGCAUGGGUGUUAUUGCCGGUCUACACACACGCAGUGAUGUCAAUGAGAGGACACAAUCUCGUGUUGUGGACUUCGGUAAGGUGCACCCCAACUUUGGUGGCGGUGUUGGUCCCUACGAUAUUGCCAUAUUGCACGUAUCGGAACCCUUCGUCUUCAACGAGUGGGUAAGUCCCGCCACUUUGCCACAACGUGAAGAAAUCCACAGUGGCGAAACUCAUCUUUAUGGUUGGGGACAAGUGAAAGCAUUUAAUUUUAAUGCUGCCAAAAUUUUGCAAACCGUCCAAAUUGAGAUCAUUGAAUAUAACGAAUGCAAGGAAACGCUCUCCGAAAGUGCUCCACUCGAAAGCACCAACAUCUGCACAUCUUCGUUGAGCCAGGGUAUUUCCGCUUGCAAUGGCGACUCUGGUGGCCCAUUGGUGAAGGAAUAUGAAAAUGCGCCUUCAGAAUUGAUCGGUAUUGUAUCGUGGGGCUACAUUCCUUGUGGUAUGGCCAAUUUGCCAUCGAUCUUCACACGUGUUUCAUCGUACAUUUCAUGGGUGGCUCAAGUUCAAAGCGCUUUCUAUACCCUGUACGUGUAUGUGCAAAAUGGUCAACGACAAUCAGUAACAGGAUGCAUGCACUUCAAGCCCGAUAAGUUGAUAAGACGCUUCGAUAGGCAUUGCAAAUAUCAUAUAAAUACCUCGGCUUGGUCGAAGGAAAAUCAAAACGAAACAAGUGUUCGUAUCAAAAUGAAGUUCCUAAUCGUAUUCGCAUUCGCAUUAGUGGCCAGUGCUAGCGCUGCCAAUUUGGACGCCAUCUCGCAACCGGCAUUCGCCUCAGGACGCAUCAUCAAUGGCUACGAGGCGCAGAAAGGCGAAGCACCAUUUAUUGUUUCAUUGAAAACAAGCUCCCACUUCUGUGCUGGUUCUAUUAUCGAUGAAAACUGGGUACUUACCGCUGCCCACUGUUUGGUCUAUAACAGCUUCCAAGUUGUGGCUGGUCUGCACUCGCGCAACGAUGAAUCUGAUGUGCAGAUACGCAAGGUGACCAGCAAGUCGCAGUACAUCGUACAUGAGGAAUAUGGCGGCGGCGUUGGUCCCAACGACAUUGGUCUUAUUUACAUACCCGAUGGUUUUGAUUUGACUGCACUCGCACGUGACGGUAGUGCACCUGUUGACAAGGUAUCUCUGCCUUCAGGUAAAUACGAAAGCACUGGUGAUGGCAAACUCUUCGGUUGGGGACGUGACAAUUCCGGUGCUUUGCCCAAUGUGCUACAAACCUUGGAUGCCCAAAUCAUUGGCUACAGUGAAUGCAAGGCUGCUUUGCCCCUUUUGGCACCUAUCAAGGAUGUGAACAUUUGCUCAUACACUGCUGGCACCACCGACGGUGCUUGCAAUGGUGACUCAGGUGGCCCCUUAGUGCGUAAGACUUCAGAUGGUUACGAACAGGUUGGUAUUGUGUCAUGGGGUUACACACCAUGCGCCACCAGCAAGUACCCAUCGGUUUACACCAGUGUCGCUGCUUACCAAAAGUGGAUUAAGGAGCAGAUCAAUGCCUGAGUUAAACUUUGAACAAACGAAAUUUGAGUAGUAAUAAAAUUAUUUUUUGUGCAAACAAAAAUUAAAGUUUUCAUUAAUGUAAAAAUGUAAAAAAAUAAAUGAAGUAGGACUAAUUGGGUCGGUAUGCGUA